CUUUUGCCAUUUCACAUUCUGCUUAGCUGUUAUCGAUAGCUCCCCAACUCUACUCUGACUUAACUUUUGAAAAUCCAAAGACAUUCUCCUUUUCUUUCAAUCCUUUAAAGGGAUAAGAUGUCUAAAAUGCGUUUGUUGAAAGAGGAAAUUGCUCAGUUUCACGAAAAGUCACUGCCGAAAUACGAGGGACUUAAUCCGCUUGAUCUGUAUGUGCUUUACAAAAAGCUACAGAUGGAAUUGGAACUCAUUCAGGUACAGGAGGAUUACAUUAAGGAGGAGCAGCGAAACCUUAAAAAAGAGUUUAUACACGCCCAGGAGGAGGUAAAGCGCAUAAAGGCUGUUCCCCUGAUCAUUGGACAGUUUCUGGAGGCAGUGGAUGAAAACAAUGGUAUAGUGGCCUCCACCACUGGGUCGAAUUAUUACGUUCGCGUCCUUUCCACCAUUGACAGGGAGCAACUUAAGCCAUCAUCGUCGGUGGCUCUUCACAAGCAGAGUAAUUGCCUUGUGGAUUUGGUGCCGCCAGAGGCGGAUAGUACCAUAUCGAUGCUGUCGCCGGAAGAAAGACCCGAUGUCAACUAUUCGGACAUUGGGGGAUUAGACAUGCAGAAGCAGGAGAUUCGUGAGGCCGUUGAGCUACCUCUGACCCACGCCCAGUUAUACAAACAGAUUGGCAUUGAUCCGCCGCGUGGCGUGCUUCUUUUUGGACCACCUGGAUGCGGUAAAACCAUGCUGGCUAAAGCAGUAGCCCAUCAUACUACUGCCUCUUUCAUCCGAGUUGUGGGCUCCGAGUUCGUCCAAAAAUAUUUAGGUGAAGGACCACGUAUGGUGAGGGAUCUCUUUCGCCUGGCCAAGCAAAAUGCUCCAUCAGUCAUCUUUAUUGAUGAAAUCGACGCUAUUGCAACCAAGCGCUUCGAUGCUCAGACUGGUGCGGAUCGUGAGGUGCAGCGCAUUCUACUGGAGCUGCUCAAUCAGAUGGAUGGCUUUGAUGAGACCACUAACAUUAAAGUUAUUAUGGCCACAAAUCGUGCCGAUACUUUGGAUCCAGCUCUACUGCGUCCUGGGCGUUUGGAUCGUAAAAUUGAGUUUCCCUUGCCGGAUCGUCGCCAGAAGCGUCUGGUUUUUACCACAAUCACUUCGAAAAUGAAUGUAGGCGAGGAUGUUGACCUGGAGGACAUAAUUGCACGACCUGAUAAGAUCUCCAAUGCCGACAUCAAUGCUAUUUGUCAGGAGGCUGGAAUGCAUGCAGUUCGUGAGAAUCGUUACGUGGUCAAUGCCAAAGAUUUUGAGAAGGGUUACAAAACCAGCGUCCGUAAAGACGAUGCUCAACAUGAGUUCUACAGCUAGAUGAUUUAUUUGGUCAGCCAUGUUUGGUAUUUGAUCUGAUAUUACAAAAGUAUUAUUUAAUUUAAUAUAUAAUCUUGAAUAUCCCGUAA